UUUAUCGCUGAUCGCCCAUCUCAAAUCGAUAACACGCAAAUCUUUAAAUUGUUUAUAUUAUAUUGUUUAUGGAUAGUGGUGAAAUUGUUUGCGAAAAUGUCAAAGAACGUAUCUCUAACGGAUGAGCAGAGCCGCCUGAAUGCGCGCCUGGAGGCGCACAUGGUCUACAUAUGUCCAGAAUGCGGCAAAGCCUUUCGCACUCAGGCCGAGUGGCGUCAGCAUCUCAAUACGAAACAUGACUACCUGAACAAGACCUACUCGGACUUUAACUUUAUCCAAAUCGACGAGCGCUUCCAUGAGUGUCAGCUGUGCUUCAAAUGGGUGGAGAACGCCCACAACACAAUCGCCCUGCUGCAGUACCACUACUUCAUGCAUCUGGAGCACAGUGAGACCUACCGUUGCGUGCACUGCCGCAUGGCGUACACGAGGCGCAGGGCAUUGAACGUUCACCUGAUGGACACCCACAUGCGAGAGAUCGAGAAGUACGAGAACAAAUUGCGCCAAAUGAAGCGGCAGGAGCAGAAACCUUCCACAGCCCCUGCCGCGAAUUCUGUUAAUCCUGGGAAUGCGGAGAAGCAAGUCGCAACCAAGGGGCCAUUACGUGGACGUCCAAAAUUAAAUAUGCAAACCAAAAAACGCAAAGACCUGCUGCAAACGGCACUCAUGGACAUUGACCUAGUGGCGGAAAUGGAAAAGCCCAGCGCUCAAUCACCACCAGCUGCGACCAAGACGACAAACAACACCAAUGCCAGCGAACAGAACCUGGACAGGUGUCUGAAUGCCUACGAGGACAUUCUGCGCAAGGAGGAGGAGAAGGUGCCCAAGUACGAGGCGGAUUUGGAUGCAUUGUGUCAAGAGUUUUUCGAAGAUAAAGAAUCUCUCACCCAAGAUAAAGGAGAUGAAGAGAAGGAUGAGGCAGCGGCACCGGUGGCCCAGGAGGCGCAGAAGGAGAAUCAGGAGGUAGUGAUAAUCGAGAUCGAUGCCCUUGGCAAGGAGGAGGUGGCUCAGCUGAGAAAGGAAAUGAACACAUCGAGCCCACAGCAACAGUCUGCCAAGCGCCGUCGGCUGUCAACGACGCCCACGCGGGACUCCGAUACGGAGAUAUCCACCAAUGGUCUGACCAAGCUCAUCUCGUAUUUGUGCCCCAAGUGCGGCAAGGAGAUCGCCUCGAUGGACGAAUGGCGGGCGCAUGUGUUCAAGAAGCAUGACUUCGAGCACAUCAUCGAGAACAGCUUUAAGAUCCUGGAGCCGGGUCGCAAGGCCAUGUGCUUGCAGUGCCGUGAAGUCCAGCCGACCACCAGGCGGUCGCAGCUACAGAAGCACUGCUUCAAGCAUCUGCCCUUCCGCUCCUAUCUCAAGUGCACGCUCUGCUAUCGCACCAAGACCAGUACGUCGAAGAUUUUCAACCACAUUCGCUACAACCACCAAGAGGAGCUGCAGCGGAAGAACAAAACGCAACUGCUCAUCAAGCCGGAGCCCAAGUGGGCGAGUCCCAAAAGGCCAGCGACAAGGCCGGAUAAAGCCGGUUCCGGUGGCAAAGACGAAGACGGGGAGGAGGAGGAGGGAGAAAGUCUGAUCUGUGAGCACUGCAACAAGGUAUUCAAGACGAAAUGGCGAUACGGGCGACAUAUCGCCGGCUGCCGAAGGGCAGGCAUGCUUCGGCCCAGCACCCCAGUCGAGGGAAGCAUCGCAGCCUUGCUGAGCCACCUCCGUGAGGGGUGUCAACGCAUAAACCCCAUCUGGAGAUCAAUGCAGCUUAAUAAGACGUAGUACUUGGACUAUUUAAGGUACAAAAUGAAUAUUUAUUUCCACCAAGGAAAGGCAUUAAUAUUGAAUUUUUACAAAUUUAAUGAAUAUCAUAAUUAAACUGUUUCCAAAAUAGAGAAAUUAAA